UCUGCUUUUCUGCUAAAAAAAAUGGGGAUAUACUAAGCUAGUGAAAUCUAUCUAUACAAAUAUAUUAAAAGGCGUGCAAAAACAAGAUAUUGUGCCACCUGGCGCUCUUCCUAUGGAGUUUUAGCUCAUGUAAUCCAUGUACAAUAAAAAAAUUAAGAAAUUGCAUUGUAUAGUGUUUGAUCCCGAUACCUCAAGUAUAUAUACUAAAGUUUUAACUACUAGGCAAAGUUGGAGUUAAGGAUACAAGAGGGUACUGAACUUUGGAAAAAGUUUCAGUUAGGGUACUGAACUUUCAAAAGUUCCAGUUAGAGUACUCAAAAUGGAUGUCUGUUAACUUAAGGUACUGAACUUUGGUUUGUACCGUUACCAGCCCCAAAAAUAAAAGAAAAAUAUGACAUGGCAUUAGUUAAAAAGAAAAAGGUGACAUAACAUUAAUUAUAAAAUUCCUCACCUUCUUUUCUCUCUCCUUUGAUUCCUCACCUUCUUUUCUCUCUCCUCUGAUUCCUCACCCUCUUUUUACUUUUUACUUUUUGCUACUUUUUGUUUCAACAAUCUAGUAAAUUAACUGACUCAAACUAUCCCUUAACUUUGAUGUUUUAAAGUUUAAAUUUGAUGUAUUUGUUUGUACAAGUUACCUGUAAAAAAAAAACAAAAGAAACAAAAGAAAAAUAGAAAAAUUAAGCAGAAAAAUAAGAAAAAUUAUUUUGAAGAUGGAAGAAAUUGUAUUAUUUAUAGAUGAUUUAGAUACUUCUUCAUAUUACUACUGCAGAAUUUGCCAUGAAGCAGAAUUUGAAAGUUGCAGAAAAUUAGAAACUCCUUGUUCUUGUUCUGGAACAGUGAAGUUUGCUCACAGAGAUUGCAUACAAAGAUGGUGUGAUGAAAAAGGGGAUAUAAUUUGUGAACUUUGUUUACAGAAAGCUGUGGAAGACGUUGCCGGGAGUGAAGAUUGAGUACUGCAACAGGAGCUGUAAUAGUGUAGCUGAUGUAUUAGCUAAGUAUCUUCGUUUGUCGGAUUAUGAUUGUAAUGUAACUAGGCUUUUCCCCACCCCCCCUAGUUAUUGUAUGGAACCUCUUGUGAGGGAUUGUAUGGACCUCUUUAAAUCUUAAUUUAUGUUUGGGUUGCUGUGUUCACCAAAAAAAAAAAGUAUGGAUGUUGAUUAUUGAGUGAGGUAAGUGUAGAGGAUGGUCCUUCUACAUACGCACUUGCCUAAAAAUCUCAUCCUCACUCCCAUCCCACCACCUAUUGCGAGUGAAAAUUUUCAAAUCCAUCCCCACCCUAGUGGAUACGUAUUUAAAUUUGUCCCUGUCUGACCACCCACACCUGCUUCAUACUUGCCUCAUCAUCUCCCCAA